UUUACAACAAUACCUUACCGGUUUCACAAUGGCUAAUCAAAUUCCGACUUUUAAACUUAUCUUGUUGGGAGAUGGUGGUAUCGGAAAAACAGCAUUUGUCAAAAAACAUGUUAUUGGCGAAUUUAAGAGGAACUAUGUUCCAACUAUUGGAGCUGAGGUCCAUCCUUUGAAAUUUUACACAACUCGUGGUGAGAUUAUUUUCGAUGUGUGGGACACAGCAGGGCUGGAUAAAUUCGCCGGUAUAAGAGCUGCUUACAGCAAUCAAGCGCAUUGCGCCAUCAUUAUGUUCGAUGUAACUGCUAAGAUGACAUACAUACAUGUCUUGAACUGGUACAAAGACUUAGCCGAUGACUGUAAAAAUAUCCCUAUUGUGUUGUGUGGAAACAAAGUUGAUAGCAGAGAUCGAAAAGUAAAAGAUAUCGCAUUUCAUCGGAAUAACAACCUGAAGUACUAUGAUAUAAGCGCGAAGAACAACCACAACUUCGAGAAACCUUUCCUGUGGUUGGCAAGAAAAUUGGUCGGGGAUGGUAAUCUGGAAUUCAUAGUCAUGCCUGCCAUUAUGCCACCAGAUAUCAAGCUGGACGCAAACUUGGCUGCACAGUAUGAACGUAGGCUACAGGCUGCAGUAAACAAUGCAAUCCCAGACGAUUAUGAUUUAUAAAUUUCGAGACCUUAUCAAACAUUUCGUGAUUUGAUUUUCUUUUGGAAUGAAAGAAUUAAUUUCAUGGGCACAAAAUAUUUGAGUUAUAACAAACAUCGCAUAAUAAUACGAAGACUUCCAAAUGAAUUUGUUAGUCUUUCAAAAGUAAAGUAGAAUAAGGCUACACCCAUCAACAUAUUUCAGCAAGAAUUCAUGACAAAACUUGACAUUUUAUUGAAAUGACAGAUGUGUUUGUUUUCUGUCAAACGUAAGCGCCAUGUUGUUUACUUUCGCUACGUGAUGACCUGGGCCGGGCCGCUUAAGAUAACAAGGGUUUAUUUAAGUAUUGCGUUUGUCUUCUUUUACAUGUAGAAAAAAUUCUACAGAUUAGAAAUAAUCGUAACAAUGCAUUUACCCGAGUGUCACAGACAGUGAACAUUCGUCAUUUAAACAUUCCAUGUGGUGUUCUUAUGGGGGCAGCCAUCUCUAUAACUCAGAAUGAUAAAUUGUAAUUUUCUCAAAACGAUAUUCUCUGUGUUUUGUUGUUUUAUAUAUAUUUUUAAAAAAUACAAAAAGCCAAUAUGAUUUGCUUGCAUUUAUUAUUUCAUAAAAUGUAUUUAUUUUCUUUUGUUAUUGUAGAGGUUGUCAAUAUUUAAAAAAGAGAGAAAAAAUGCAUGAAAGAAAUGUUGACAUACAAAUUUCGUUUUGGUAAAUGGAUUUUGAAAAUUUAAUGCUUACAAGUGACAAACAUGAAGCUUCUCACACACAACUUUUUGACAUCAAACAUCAUUAAAGGAGUAAAGAAUGGCUAUCCUCUGGGUCUUCAUGUAUGUAUGUUAAACAGGUGGUUCAGGUUAAUUUCACUUUGUCUUAUAACACGUGAUAAUUUAGUUUUAAAAACGAUUUUAUGCAACAUGGCGAAUCCCAGGCCAGAUCCCCUUUGGCGUUACUAAUUCCGAGACGUCAUUCCAAAUAUCCAACCUUGACGAAUCUCGCAGAGAUUACCCCUUUACGAGCUUAUCAAAUGUGUGAUGAAGGUGCUACCUUUACAAAUAUUGUACAUUACGUAGUUAUAAAUAUGAAAUACAAUAUUAGAAUAAGUGUCAACUAUUGAAUUUAUUUCUAUGAUCAUGA